AAUGCUUUUUUGAAAAAAUUUGCAAGCUUUUUUUGUAGUGGUUUUAUUGCACAUGGUUUUUUGAAAAAUUUGAGGCAAGUAUUUAAAUAUUUGUUUGAUAAAUGGUCUUAUUCAUCAGGUUGAGUACCGCUGAGUCACUUGAUCGUAGAUUUGUAAUUGUGAGCAGCAAAAGCAGUUUGUCUGAAAAAGUCGACUGUCAACAUGUGAAAAAUGCCGUCGAAGUGCUAUGAAUUCAAAAAUCUUGGUUUACGAACUAAUUUCGAGACGUCGAAGUACUCGAAAGCUAAAAACAUCCGAGACCGCAAGUUCGAAAACCGUGUCAGAGAAUAUAUAAAGGAGAACAAACACAAAACAUUCCUCGAUUCAGACACGCUGGUUGAUUCACUACGACGUAAAUAUCCGGAGUAUAUGAGAAGGCAAAGAACAGCGAUCAAGAAUUUAGCAGGACAAGUUAUUGCGAAGCUAACCGAAGAAACGUUCGAAUCUGAUGCUGAGAAAGAUAUGGCAGAAGAACCGGUCGGUAGUGAAAACGAAGACAGUCGUUCUAAUUUGAGCAACAUAUCUAGUGACGAUGAAUUAUCUGCGACGAAUAAUGUAACUGCAAGUAUAAAUAAUACUUUGACAGAUUUGUAUAAAACAUCCAGCUCAACUCCCGGCGCACCUCAAAACGAAGAAUUCAUUAAUAUAAGCAGUGAUGAAAACAUAGAGGAAGAAGAAUCGAGUUCCAGUAGCUGUUCAACCAUUACUAUUGACGGUGAUCAGGGGAAUAAUUCUGAAAAGAGUGUACCUGCGUCAUCUAUGAAGAAAAGAAAAUUGUUAGAAACGCCCGAAACUCCGAAUACCGAAAAAGCAUCUACUAAUGGCAGCGUGAAAUCCGAACGUAAAAGAUUCAAAGGUACGCCAAAUUCUCGUCAGAGAAUUAAAAAGCCUGAUCCAGAAGCUUCGAAACAGAAAAAACAAUUCUCGCUCGAUGAAACUAUACCCGUUAAUAAUAUACCCGGCGUGUCUUUCGCGGAUGUAGCUGGUUAUCAACAUGUGAUCUCGGAAAUCGUUCAAUUAGUCGUGCACAUUUAUCAUCCUGAAGUAUACGAUAAGGUUGGAAUCGACCCGCCGCGAGGUUUUCUAUUACAUGGUCCGCCCGGGUGUGGUAAAACGUUGUUAGCUCAUGCAGUGGCUGGUGAACUGAAAAUGCCUUUGCUGGAUGUCGCAGCCCCCGAACUUGUGGCCGGUGUUUCUGGUAUAUCAGAGCAAAGAAUCAGAAAAUUAUUUGAAAAUGCUGUGAAAUCAUCACCGUGUGUAUUAUUUAUCGAUGAAAUAGAUUGUAUCACUCAAAACAGAGAUAUAGCGAAUAGAGAUAUGGAGAGGCGGAUCGUUUCACAACUGCUUUCUUCUAUUGACAAACUUAAUAGAGAUCCGAAAGGUGCUCAAGUGUUACUGAUAGGAGCCACUAAUAGACCAGAUAGUUUAGACCCAGCUUUAAGAAGAGCUGGCAGAUUUGACCGCGAAGUAUGCAUGGGUAUUCCUAACAAAGAAUCUAGGCAUCACAUUCUUCGAUUUCUGUGUUCUAAAUUACGAUUAGCUGAAGAUAUAUGCCUUAGAGAAGUCGCUAGUCAUACGCCUGGUUAUGUCGGAGCCGAUUUACUAGCGUUAAUUAGAGAAAGCGCCUUAUCCGCAGUCCAUAGAAUUAUGGAAAAUGUUCCGAAACCCAACGUAGAAGAUAGCUGUUCUCCGAAACGUAACGUAGAUGAUAGCUGUUCUGAUAUUAAAGACAUUCCUAAUAAUGAAAGUACUCCUUUAAGUUCCCGUAAAACAGAUGAUGUUUCCAGUUCAAUUAAGUCAUCUUUAUUAUGGAUAAGAAAUAAGUUACCAAUUAGCGAAGAGUAUCUGAAGAAUCUCUGUAUCACAAAAGAAGAUAUAACUUUAUCUUUGAAACGAGUGCAACCAUCAUCCAAACGAGAAGGUUUUGCUACAGUUCCUGAUGUGACAUGGGAUGACGUGGGAUCUUUGAAAGAUGUCCGAGAAGACUUGCAACUCGCCAUUCUAGCUCCUGUCAAGUAUCAAAAACAUUUCGAUGCUUUGGGUUUACCUCUUUCGAUGGGUGUAUUGUUAUGUGGACCUCCAGGAUGCGGUAAAACGUUACUUGCCAAAGCAGUUGCGAAUGAAGCAGGAAUAAAUUUCAUAUCAGUAAAGGGACCCGAAUUAUUAAAUAUGUAUGUUGGUGGUAGUGAGAAAGCAGUCAGAGAAUGUUUUCAACGAGCGAAAAACUCGCAGCCGUGUGUUAUAUUUUUUGACGAAUUAGAUGCUUUGUGUCCGAAGAGAUCAGAUCAUUCCGAUAAUAGUGCCGGUAUGAGAGUUGUAAAUCAGCUGUUGACUGAAAUGGAUGGAGUCGAAGGAAGAACUGGUGUAUUCCUUAUGGCUGCUACCAAUCGACCCGAUAUCAUAGAUCCGGCUGUUUUGAGACCGGGUCGUUUAGAUAAAAUAUUGUAUGUUGGAUUUCCUAACGAGAAUGAUAGACAUGAUAUUUUGCUGGCGUUGACUAAAAACAGAACCAAACCUCCUUUACAUGAUGACGUAGAUUUGAUGGAAAUAGCCAAAAACCCAUUGUGCGAAGGUUUCACCGGAGCUGAUCUAGCCGCGUUGGUCCGCGAUGCUAGUGUUAGAGCUUUGAGCGAAUUAAUUACUUCGGGUAUAAACGAUACCGACAUCGUGAAAGUAUUCGUAACGGCGAAACAUUUUGAGCAAGCUUUACACAACUUACGUCCAUCAGUAUCUGAGAAAGAUCGAGCACAUUACAACCAGUUAAGGUUAAAAUUCGCCACAUCCGCAUAUCAUCUUCAAAAGAAAGAAUGAUCAGGUGCAUUCUACGGUCAUGUUUUCCUCUGCUGACUGCAGCAUAUGAGACAAUUCCUGUUCUGAAAUCUAAGUCAACGUAUUUAUAAUUUUUUUAGAAAUAUUUUUUCUAUUUGUUUUGUGUGUUAUAUUAUAAGAUGUUCCAUGUUCUCACUGAAAGCUAAUUUUUUUCAUUGAAGAAUGAAUUUAGGUUCGAAUAGAGUUACCCACGGUUCACGCUUAUAA